AUGGAGAAGAGCUACAGGAGAAAAGCUACAGGAGAGAAAACGGGGAAUACCAAGAAGAAGAAGAAGAAGAAGAAGAAGAAGAGAAAAAUGGCGUCACAGACAGAGGAGGAUCUUUCUUGUCCCAUCUGCCAGAACAUCUUCAAGGAUCCGGUUCUGCUGUCCUGCAGCCACAGCUUCUGCAAAGGCUGUCUGCAGAAAUGGUGGUCGGUCAAAAUCAUCAACAGUUGUCCGGUUUGCAAGGCACUGUCUCAGCAGCGCGAGCCGCCUAUCAACCUGGCUCUGAGGAACUUGUGCGAGGCCUUUCUCCGAGACCGAGACCGUGGGGCUCCGAAGAGGUCCGAGCCCCUCUGUGGCGUGCACCAGAAGAAACUUCGCCUCUUCUGCCUGGAGCACCAGCGGCCGGUGUGCCUCAUCUGCCGGGACUCCAAAGCCCACGACAAGCACACGUUCCGGCCCUGCGACGAGGCGGCCGAGGAGUACCGACCGGCCGUCCGGGAGCUCCUCAGGUCUGUCCGGGAGAAGAUGGACCUCUUCGAGAAGGUCCGCGAAGACUACGACCGGACGGCCGGGCACAUUGAGUUCCAGGCCCACCACACCGAGAGGCAGAUCAGGGAGGAGUUCGAGAAUCUGCGCCGGCUUCUGCAAGAGGAGGAGGACGCCAGGGUUUCUGCUUUGAUGGACGAAGUGCAGCAAAAAGCUCAGGAGAUGAAGGAAAAGAUUCAAGAGCUGACCAAGGGGAUGGCCUCCCUCUCUGGUACAGCCGGGGCCGUGGAGCUGCAGCUGAGGUCCGCCGACGUGCCAUUCCUGCAGAACUACGCGGCCACGGUGGAGGCGGCCCGCCGGGAUCUGCUGCUGGACGCCCCUCCAACGGCCGCCGGCGCCCUGGUGGACGUGGCCAAGCACCUGGGCAACCUGAGCUUCGGCGUCUGGGAGAAGAUGAAGGGCUGGGUGUCCCGCUCGCCGGUGAUCCUGGACCCCAACAGCGCCCACCCGGACCUCCGGCUGUCCGAGGACCUGACCAGCGCCACGCGCCGGGAAAGGCAGAAGCUUCCGGCCAAUCCGGAGAGGAUCUACUCCUACCCCGCCGUCCUGGGAUCCGCCGGGUACGACUCGGGGACUCACAGCUGGGACGUGGAGGUGGGAGACAGCUCCUUGUGGGCCCUGGGGGUGCUAGCGCCGUCCCCUCAGAAGAAUAACAACGACCCGUCGAAGCUACUGAAGGUAGCUUUCUGCGAUGGGGAGUACACGGCGGACUCUGGGGUCGAUCCCCCGGGAGUCCUCCCGAUAACCAAGAGAUUCCACCGGAUCAGAGUCCAUCUGGACUGUGACAAGCGCAGGCUUUCGUUCUCUGACGCUGCCUCCGAAACACACAUACACACCUUCAAAUACAAUUUCUCAGAGAAGCUGUUUCCGUACUUUAACGUUGUGAACGCACAGCCGUUGAAGAUAAUGCCGGCGAAAUGA